AUGGUCUUAUCAGAAAAAAUCAGAUUACCGAAGAAAGAAAGCGAGAGAUAUGAGACCAUGACCGCUUCAAGAAGCCUUCGAAACAAAGCGUUACGGACGAUUCGUUCUGCAGCGGAUGCAAUCGCUUACUUUGAUGCCAAUCGGCGUGUUAGAGGUUAUGACAUGCAGACUCAGGUUCAACGCGCUCAUGCUUUAUCCUGGAAUUGUGAUGGCACACGUCUUGCAUGUGGAUCACAAGACCGUCGAGUGGCUGUCGGGACCGUCGAUUCCUCCUGUCGAGUCAAAUGCUCUUUCGUCGGCCAAGGUCACGAUGACUCUGUUGAUCAGGUUGCAUUUCACUGCACCAAUCCGAAUCUACUUGCAUCUGCCAGCACUGACAAAUCCGUCAUAAUCUGGGAUAUAAGACAACAGAAGACCCACACUCGUCUCUCCACAAGAGCAGCUAACCUCUACGUUACUUGGUCUCCGUGUGGUCGCUACUUAGUCUACGGUGACAAGGAGGAUCGACUGCAUGUGAUAGAUGGAAGAUCGCUGAGCACUCUGAAGUCAUACGACUCAAAGACUGAAAUGAAUGAAUUUGCAUAUCAUCCUAGUGGAAAAUACCUUUUUGUAGCUACGGGGCAAGGACGAAUGGAAGUAUUCAAAAUGCCCGAAUUGGAGCUUGUUCGUACAGUGGCAGCUCAUUCCGGUCAAUCUAAUUGUGUUGCUUUGGCUGUGUCCCCUGAUGGACAGCGUGUAGCUGUUGGAGCAUCAGAUGCUUUGUGUUCGAUAUGGAGCAUUGAUGAGAUGAUGUGUGAGAGGAAUUUGGGAAGAUUAGACUACCCUGUUCGGGCUGUGGCAUUCAGCCAUGACAGCCAGCUGAUCGCAACGGGAAGCGAAGACCAUUCAAUAGACAUUGCCUAUGUUAAUGAUGGAUCUAGAGUGCAUGAGAUUCGUUUGGAUGGAGAAGUUUAUUCCGUUGCAUGGCAUCCACAACAAUUUAUGCUGGCGUUUGCUUCGUCAGGAGAUCCUCGUGAUCGAGAUUCUUUCGGUGUACGAUUGUUUGGAUAUACCAGUUGACCCUUAUGCCUUUCUUCUUGGUUAUGUCGCAGAUAAAUGCUGUAGAUCUC